ACUAAAAAUCGUAUGUUAUGAAAUUCUACGCCGCACUUCGUGUCUUCGUACCGCGUGAAAUACCUKUCUGCUUCGCGCUUGCCUCCGUGAAAAGAUGGGCGGUGACGACUAGAUUGAAACACUAUUUUUGUUGGAAAGGUACGAUGUGAUCUCUGCUYAGGACCAUGACGGUGAUGAUUAUGAUGAUUGUAGUAAUAAAGUUCAGGGARAGUGAUAAAAUGAGAAAGAAAGUGUGCAGCAACGAUGUGAAGAGAUAGUGGGCGGAGGUUCCCAUCACUUGAAUCGAAGCAGUGUGAAUACCUGAAGUCGAAUACAUCGAACUCAAAUCGAUGUUGUCGACUUUCAGUGACUAGGAUGCAUCAUGAAUUGCUGAGAUAUAUGAUCGUGACCCUUGGGAGUUUCGAUUGCAGUGGAGGCCAAGCCUACAAUCCUUUACAGGGAACUGAAAACAAAAUCUGUGGCUUUUGAUCUGAAACAUGGCCUUUUUAAGAGGAAGGAUCYCUUUUGACGCUUCAGAACAAAUGACAAAAUGCGGAGAACACACGCCUSAACAGAAACAUUCUGACCUCACUUUUAAAGAGCGUACUAUCAAUUUCCGAGAUGAUUAUGUUGGCUAUGUACUCACACCUUUGCAUUCGCUUAUGCACUACUCAUAACAUUCACAGCUAAUUGAUACAUUAACUUCAUCAUGACUGUCAAGAGACGUAACCACGGAAGAAACAAGCACGGUCGCGGCCACGUCAAGCGAGUCCGAUGUGUCUCCACCGGAAAGGCUAUCCCUAAGGAUAAGGCCAUCAAGCGUUUCAUUGUCCGUAAUAUCGUCGAUGCCUCGUCCCUCCGUGAUAUCAAGGAAGCCUCCGCCUACCAAGAAUACCAACUUCCCAAAUUGUACCUUAAGAUGUUUUACUGCGUCGAAGCCGCUGUCCAUCAACGUGUUGUCCGCGGUCGUUCCCGUGAGGGACGCCGUGUCCGCACCCCUCCUCCACGAUUCGGACGCCGAUAAAUACUUAACAAUAGAAACACACCCCUUCUACCUGAAGACUAAUUUCAGUAGUACGUAAUAUUUACCUCCCUUUCCCUCAAAAUAUGAAAGUUGUCGAAUGAGUGGGUGGGACAACGACAGUAUUUUUCUCCAUUGCCACAGUGGCCCGGYGUCGAGAAAUAAAUGAACUUGUCCAUGUUGAAGGCGUUGACCUACAUCAAUGGAAGAAAGUAGCAACAAGUACUACAAGCUUCAGGCGAUGGUGAAUUCUUCGUCCAGUUCUUGAAAUCUAUGUUAUUUUUCCCUUUCACAACACCAUUAAUUGGAGUACUACUAUGAUAACUGUUGUGUUCUUUUACAGUCUGGUUUGUUUUUCUUGCUCUUUAUACUUGUUCUGGUACUGCUGGUGGUUGGUGGUGACAACAGAAGCCAACAAGUGGAUCACGAUGGYAGUACCACUAGUAAUGACCCAUUCUACAAUAUCAGGGCUCUAAUCAUGGAGGAGAAAAUCACUGAUUGUAUUUUUGUUGGUGGAGGAGGGCCUACUAAGAUUGACCUGCUGUUGUCUGUUGAUGGAUUGUUGAUUUGUCCAGUAUUUUUUCAUUACCAGCACUUUCCACAAACAGAUAGUGCUAUAAGUAUU